UGGCGGAUUUCACGCGAGCAGCUGCGGAGAUUGAGGAGUACAAUGCGAGUGGGCGGUACCCUCUCACUCUUCUGUUCCCCUUCUGUCUUCCCCACUCCCUUCUGUCUUCCCCACUCCCUUCUGUCUUCCCCACUCCCUUCUGUCUUCCCCACUCCCUUCUGUCUUCCCCACUCCCUUCUGUCUUCCCCACUCCCUUCUGUCUUCCCCACUCCCUUCUGUCUUCCCCACUCCCUUCUGUCUUCCCCACUCCCUUCUGUCUUCCCCACUCCCUUCUGUCUUCCCCACUCCCUUCUGUCUUCCCCACUCCCUUCUGUCUUCCCCACUCCCUUCUGUCUUCCCCACUCCCUUCUGUCUUCCCCACUCCCUUCUGUCUUCCCCACUCCCUUCUGUCUUCCCCACUCCCUUCUGUCUUCCCCACUCCCUUCUGUCUUCCCCACUCCCUUCUGUCUUCCCCACUCCCUUCUGUCUUCCCCACUCCCUUCUGUCUUCCCCACUCCCUUCUGUCUUCCCCACUCCCUUCUGUCUUCCCCACUCCCUUCUGUCUUCCCCACUCCCUUCUGUCUUCCCCACUCCCUUCUGUCUUCCCCACUCCCUUCUGUCUUCCCCACUCCCUUCUGUCUUCCCCACUCCCUUCUGUCUUCCCCACUCCCUUCUGUCUUCCCCACUCCCUUCUGUCUUCCCCACUCCCUUCUGUCUUCCCCACUCCCUUCUGUCUUCCCCACUCCCUUCUGUCUUCCCCACUCCCUUCUGUCUUCCCCACUCCCUUCUGUCUUCCCCACUCCCUUCUGUCUUCCCCACUCCCUUCUGUCUUCCCCACUCCCUUCUGUCUUCCCCACUCCCUUCUGUCUUCCCCACUCCCUUCUGUCUUCCCCACUCCCUUCUGUCUUCCCCACUCCCUUCUGUCUUCCCCACUCCCUUCUGUCUUCCCCACUCCCUUCUGUCUUCCCCACUCCCUUCUGUCUUCCCCACUCCCUUCUGUCUUCCCCACUCCCUUCUGUCUUCCCCACUCCCUUCUGUCUUCCCCACUCCCUUCUGUCUUCCCCACUCCCUUCUGUCUUCCCCACUCCCUUCUGUCUUCCCCACUCCCUUCUGUCUUCCCCACUCCCUUCUGUCUUCCCCACUCCCUUCUGUCUUCCCCACUCCCUUCUGUCUUCCCCACUCCCUUCUGUCUUCCCCACUCCCUUCUGUCUUCCCCACUCCCUUCUGUCUUCCCCACUCCCUUCUGUCUUCCCCACUCCCUUCUGUCUUCCCCACUCCCUUCUGUCUUCCCCACUCCCUUCUGUCUUCCCCACUCCCUUCUGUCUUCCCCACUCCCUUCUGUCUUCCCCACUCCCUUCUGUCUUCCCCACUCCCUUCUGUCUUCCCCACUCCCUUCUGUCUUCCCCACUCCCUUCUGUCUUCCCCACUCCCUUCUGUCUUCCCCACUCCCUUCUGUCUUCCCCACUCCCUUCUGUCUUCCCCACUCCCUUCUGUCUUCCCCACUCCCUUCUGUCUUCCCCACUCCCUUCUGUCUUCCCCACUCCCUUCUGUCUUCCCCACUCCCUUCUGUCUUCCCCACUCCCUUCUGUCUUCCCCACUCCCUUCUGUCUUCCCCACUCCCUUCUGUCUUCCCCACUCCCUUCUGUCUUCCCCACUCCCUUCUGUCUUCCCCACUCCCUUCUGUCUUCCCCACUCCCUUCUGUCUUCCCCACUCCCUUCUGUCUUCCCCACUCCCUUCUGUCUUCCCCACUCCCUUCUGUCUUCCCCACUCCCUUCUGUCUUCCCCACUCCCUUCUGUCUUCCCCACUCCCUUCUGUCUUCCCCACUCCCUUCUGUCUUCCCCACUCCCUUCUGUCUUCCCCACUCCCUUCUGUCUUCCCCACUCCCUUCUGUCUUCCCCACUCCCUUCUGUCUUCCCCACUCCCUUCUGUCUUCCCCACUCCCUUCUGUCUUCCCCACUCCCUUCUGUCUUCCCCACUCCCUUCUGUCUUCCCCACUCCCUUCUGUCUUCCCCACUCCCUUCUGUCUUCCCCACUCCCUUCUGUCUUCCCCACUCCCUUCUGUCUUCCCCACUCCCUUCUGUCUUCCCCACUCCCUUCUGUCUUCCCCACUCCCUUCUGUCUUCCCCACUCCCUUCUGUCUUCCCCACUCCCUUCUGUCUUCCCCACUCCCUUCUGUCUUCCCCACUCCCUUCUGUCUUCCCCACUCCCUUCUGUCUUCCCCACUCCCUUCUGUCUUCCCCACUCCCUUCUGUCUUCCCCACUCCCUUCUGUCUUCCCCACUCCCUUCUGUCUUCCCCACUCCCUUCUGUCUUCCCCACUCCCUUCUGUCUUCCCCACUCCCUUCUGUCUUCCCCACUCCCUUCUGUCUUCCCCACUCCCUUCUGUCUUCCCCACUCCCUUCUGUCUUCCCCACUCCCUUCUGUCUUCCCCACUCCCUUCUGUCUUCCCCACUCCCUUCUGUCUUCCCCACUCCCUUCUGUCUUCCCCACUCCCUUCUGUCUUCCCCACUCCCUUCUGUCUUCCCCACUCCCUUCUGUCUUCCCCACUCCCUUCUGUCUUCCCCACUCCCUUCUGUCUUCCCCACUCCCUUCUGUCUUCCCCACUCCCUUCUGUCUUCCCCACUCCCUUCUGUCUUCCCCACUCCCUUCUGUCUUCCCCACUCCCUUCUGUCUUCCCCACUCCCUUCUGUCUUCCCCACUCCCUUCUGUCUUCCCCACUCCCUUCUGUCUUCCCCACUCCCUUCUGUCUUCCCCACUCCCUUCUGUCUUCCCCACUCCCUUCUGUCUUCCCCACUCCCUUCUGUCUUCCCCACUCCCUUCUGUCUUCCCCACUCCCUUCUGUCUUCCCCACUCCCUUCUGUCUUCCCCACUCCCUUCUGUCUUCCCCACUCCCUUCUGUCUUCCCCACUCCCUUCUGUCUUCCCCACUCCCUUCUGUCUUCCCCACUCCCUUCUGUCUUCCCCACUCCCUUCUGUCUUCCCCACUCCCUUCUGUCUUCCCCACUCCCUUCUGUCUUCCCCACUCCCUUCUGUCUUCCCCACUCCCUUCUGUCUUCCCCACUCCCUUCUGUCUUCCCCACUCCCUUCUGUCUUCCCCACUCCCUUCUGUCUUCCCCACUCCCUUCUGUCUUCCCCACUCCCUUCUGUCUUCCCCACUCCCUUCUGUCUUCCCCACUCCCUUCUGUCUUCCCCACUCCCUUCUGUCUUCCCCACUCCCUUCUGUCUUCCCCACUCCCUUCUGUCUUCCCCACUCCCUUCUGUCUUCCCCACUCCCUUCUGUCUUCCCCACUCCCUUCUGUCUUCCCCACUCCCUUCUGUCUUCCCCACUCCCUUCUGUCUUCCCCACUCCCUUCUGUCUUCCCCACUCCCUUCUGUCUUCCCCACUCCCUUCUGUCUUCCCCACUCCCUUCUGUCUUCCCCACUCCCUUCUGUCUUCCCCACUCCCUUCUGUCUUCCCCACUCCCUUCUGUCUUCCCCACUCCCUUCUGUCUUCCCCACUCCCUUCUGUCUUCCCCACUCCCUUCUGUCUUCCCCACUCCCUUCUGUCUUCCCCACUCCCUUCUGUCUUCCCCACUCCCUUCUGUCUUCCCCACUCCCUUCUGUCUUCCCCACUCCCUUCUGUCUUCCCCACUCCCUUCUGUCUUCCCCACUCCCUUCUGUCUUCCCCACUCCCUUCUGUCUUCCCCACUCCCUUCUGUCUUCCCCACUCCCUUCUGUCUUCCCCACUCCCUUCUGUCUUCCCCACUCCCUUCUGUCUUCCCCACUCCCUUCUGUCUUCCCCACUCCCUUCUGUCUUCCCCACUCCCUUCUGUCUUCCCCACUCCCUUCUGUCUUCCCCACUCCCUUCUGUCUUCCCCACUCCCUUCUGUCUUCCCCACUCCCUUCUGUCUUCCCCACUCCCUUCUGUCUUCCCCACUCCCUUCUGUCUUCCCCACUCCCUUCUGUCUUCCCCACUCCCUUCUGUCUUCCCCACUCCCUUCUGUCUUCCCCACUCCCUUCUGUCUUCCCCACUCCCUUCUGUCUUCCCCACUCCCUUCUGUCUUCCCCACUCCCUUCUGUCUUCCCCACUCCCUUCUGUCUUCCCCACUCCCUUCUGUCUUCCCCACUCCCUUCUGUCUUCCCCACUCCCUUCUGUCUUCCCCACUCCCUUCUGUCUUCCCCACUCCCUUCUGUCUUCCCCACUCCCUUCUGUCUUCCCCACUCCCUUCUGUCUUCCCCACUCCCUUCUGUCUUCCCCACUCCCUUCUGUCUUCCCCACUCCCUUCUGUCUUCCCCACUCCCUUCUGUCUUCCCCACUCCCUUCUGUCUUCCCCACUCCCUUCUGUCUUCCCCACUCCCUUCUGUCUUCCCCACUCCCUUCUGUCUUCCCCACUCCCUUCUGUCUUCCCCACUCCCUUCUGUCUUCCCCACUCCCUUCUGUCUUCCCCACUCCCUUCUGUCUUCCCCACUCCCUUCUGUCUUCCCCACUCCCUUCUGUCUUCCCCACUCCCUUCUGUCUUCCCCACUCCCUUCUGUCUUCCCCACUCCCUUCUGUCUUCCCCACUCCCUUCUGUCUUCCCCACUCCCUUCUGUCUUCCCCACUCCCUUCUGUCUUCCCCACUCCCUUCUGUCUUCCCCACUCCCUUCUGUCUUCCCCACUCCCUUCUGUCUUCCCCACUCCCUUCUGUCUUCCCCACUCCCUUCUGUCUUCCCCACUCCCUUCUGUCUUCCCCACUCCCUUCUGUCUUCCCCACUCCCUUCUGUCUUCCCCACUCCCUUCUGUCUUCCCCACUCCCUUCUGUCUUCCCCACUCCCUUCUGUCUUCCCCACUCCCUUCUGUCUUCCCCACUCCCUUCUGUCUUCCCCACUCCCUUCUGUCUUCCCCACUCCCUUCUGUCUUCCCCACUCCCUUCUGUCUUCCCCACUCCCUUCUGUCUUCCCCACUCCCUUCUGUCUUCCCCACUCCCUUCUGUCUUCCCCACUCCCUUCUGUCUUCCCCACUCCCUUCUGUCUUCCCCACUCCCUUCUGUCUUCCCCACUCCCUUCUGUCUUCCCCACUCCCUUCUGUCUUCCCCACUCCCUUCUGUCUUCCCCACUCCCUUCUGUCUUCCCCACUCCCUUCUGUCUUCCCCACUCCCUUCUGUCUUCCCCACUCCCUUCUGUCUUCCCCACUCCCUUCUGUCUUCCCCACUCCCUUCUGUCUUCCCCACUCCCUUCUGUCUUCCCCACUCCCUUCUGUCUUCCCCACUCCCUUCUGUCUUCCCCACUCCCUUCUGUCUUCCCCACUCCCUUCUGUCUUCCCCACUCCCUUCUGUCUUCCCCACUCCCUUCUGUCUUCCCCACUCCCUUCUGUCUUCCCCACUCCCUUCUGUCUUCCCCACUCCCUUCUGUCUUCCCCACUCCCUUCUGUCUUCCCCACUCCCUUCUGUCUUCCCCACUCCCUUCUGUCUUCCCCACUCCCUUCUGUCUUCCCCACUCCCUUCUGUCUUCCCCACUCCCUUCUGUCUUCCCCACUCCCUUCUGUCUUCCCCACUCCCUUCUGUCUUCCCCACUCCCUUCUGUCUUCCCCACUCCCUUCUGUCUUCCCCACUCCCUUCUGUCUUCCCCACUCCCUUCUGUCUUCCCCACUCCCUUCUGUCUUCCCCACUCCCUUCUGUCUUCCCCACUCCCUUCUGUCUUCCCCACUCCCUUCUGUCUUCCCCACUCCCUUCUGUCUUCCCCACUCCCUUCUGUCUUCCCCACUCCCUUCUGUCUUCCCCACUCCCUUCUGUCUUCCCCACUCCCUUCUGUCUUCCCCACUCCCUUCUGUCUUCCCCACUCCCUUCUGUCUUCCCCACUCCCUUCUGUCUUCCCCACUCCCUUCUGUCUUCCCCACUCCCUUCUGUCUUCCCCACUCCCUUCUGUCUUCCCCACUCCCUUCUGUCUUCCCCACUCCCUUCUGUCUUCCCCACUCCCUUCUGUCUUCCCCACUCCCUUCUGUCUUCCCCACUCCCUUCUGUCUUCCCCACUCCCUUCUGUCUUCCCCACUCCCUUCUGUCUUCCCCACUCCCUUCUGUCUUCCCCACUCCCUUCUGUCUUCCCCACUCCCUUCUGUCUUCCCCACUCCCUUCUGUCUUCCCCACUCCCUUCUGUCUUCCCCACUCCCUUCUGUCUUCCCCACUCCCUUCUGUCUUCCCCACUCCCUUCUGUCUUCCCCACUCCCUUCUGUCUUCCCCACUCCCUUCUGUCUUCCCCACUCCCUUCUGUCUUCCCCACUCCCUUCUGUCUUCCCCACUCCCUUCUGUCUUCCCCACUCCCUUCUGUCUUCCCCACUCCCUUCUGUCUUCCCCACUCCCUUCUGUCUUCCCCACUCCCUUCUGUCUUCCCCACUCCCUUCUGUCUUCCCCACUCCCUUCUGUCUUCCCCACUCCCUUCUGUCUUCCCCACUCCCUUCUGUCUUCCCCACUCCCUUCUGUCUUCCCCACUCCCUUCUGUCUUCCCCACUCCCUUCUGUCUUCCCCACUCCCUUCUGUCUUCCCCACUCCCUUCUGUCUUCCCCACUCCCUUCUGUCUUCCCCACUCCCUUCUGUCUUCCCCACUCCCUUCUGUCUUCCCCACUCCCUUCUGUCUUCCCCACUCCCUUCUGUCUUCCCCACUCCCUUCUGUCUUCCCCACUCCCUUCUGUCUUCCCCACUCCCUUCUGUCUUCCCCACUCCCUUCUGUCUUCCCCACUCCCUUCUGUCUUCCCCACUCCCUUCUGUCUUCCCCACUCCCUUCUGUCUUCCCCACUCCCUUCUGUCUUCCCCACUCCCUUCUGUCUUCCCCACUCCCUUCUGUCUUCCCCACUCCCUUCUGUCUUCCCCACUCCCUUCUGUCUUCCCCACUCCCUUCUGUCUUCCCCACUCCCUUCUGUCUUCCCCACUCCCUUCUGUCUUCCCCACUCCCUUCUGUCUUCCCCACUCCCUUCUGUCUUCCCCACUCCCUUCUGUCUUCCCCACUCCCUUCUGUCUUCCCCACUCCCUUCUGUCUUCCCCACUCCCUUCUGUCUUCCCCACUCCCUUCUGUCUUCCCCACUCCCUUCUGUCUUCCCCACUCCCUUCUGUCUUCCCCACUCCCUUCUGUCUUCCCCACUCCCUUCUGUCUUCCCCACUCCCUUCUGUCUUCCCCACUCCCUUCUGUCUUCCCCACUCCCUUCUGUCUUCCCCACUCCCUUCUGUCUUCCCCACUCCCUUCUGUCUUCCCCACUCCCUUCUGUCUUCCCCACUCCCUUCUGUCUUCCCCACUCCCUUCUGUCUUCCCCACUCCCUUCUGUCUUCCCCACUCCCUUCUGUCUUCCCCACUCCCUUCUGUCUUCCCCACUCCCUUCUGUCUUCCCCACUCCCUUCUGUCUUCCCCACUCCCUUCUGUCUUCCCCACUCCCUUCUGUCUUCCCCACUCCCUUCUGUCUUCCCCACUCCCUUCUGUCUUCCCCACUCCCUUCUGUCUUCCCCACUCCCUUCUGUCUUCCCCACUCCCUUCUGUCUUCCCCACUCCCUUCUGUCUUCCCCACUCCCUUCUGUCUUCCCCACUCCCUUCUGUCUUCCCCACUCCCUUCUGUCUUCCCCACUCCCUUCUGUCUUCCCCACUCCCUUCUGUCUUCCCCACUCCCUUCUGUCUUCCCCACUCCCUUCUGUCUUCCCCACUCCCUUCUGUCUUCCCCACUCCCUUCUGUCUUCCCCACUCCCUUCUGUCUUCCCCACUCCCUUCUGUCUUCCCCACUCCCUUCUGUCUUCCCCACUCCCUUCUGUCUUCCCCACUCCCUUCUGUCUUCCCCACUCCCUUCUGUCUUCCCCACUCCCUUCUGUCUUCCCCACUCCCUUCUGUCUUCCCCACUCCCUUCUGUCUUCCCCACUCCCUUCUGUCUUCCCCACUCCCUUCUGUCUUCCCCACUCCCUUCUGUCUUCCCCACUCCCUUCUGUCUUCCCCACUCCCUUCUGUCUUCCCCACUCCCUUCUGUCUUCCCCACUCCCUUCUGUCUUCCCCACUCCCUUCUGUCUUCCCCACUCCCUUCUGUCUUCCCCACUCCCUUCUGUCUUCCCCACUCCCUUCUGUCUUCCCCACUCCCUUCUGUCUUCCCCACUCCCUUCUGUCUUCCCCACUCCCUUCUGUCUUCCCCACUCCCUUCUGUCUUCCCCACUCCCUUCUGUCUUCCCCACUCCCUUCUGUCUUCCCCACUCCCUUCUGUCUUCCCCACUCCCUUCUGUCUUCCCCACUCCCUUCUGUCUUCCCCACUCCCUUCUGUCUUCCCCACUCCCUUCUGUCUUCCCCACUCCCUUCUGUCUUCCCCACUCCCUUCUGUCUUCCCCACUCCCUUCUGUCUUCCCCACUCCCUUCUGUCUUCCCCACUCCCUUCUGUCUUCCCCACUCCCUUCUGUCUUCCCCACUCCCUUCUGUCUUCCCCACUCCCUUCUGUCUUCCCCACUCCCUUCUGUCUUCCCCACUCCCUUCUGUCUUCCCCACUCCCUUCUGUCUUCCCCACUCCCUUCUGUCUUCCCCACUCCCUUCUGUCUUCCCCACUCCCUUCUGUCUUCCCCACUCCCUUCUGUCUUCCCCACUCCCUUCUGUCUUCCCCACUCCCUUCUGUCUUCCCCACUCCCUUCUGUCUUCCCCACUCCCUUCUGUCUUCCCCACUCCCUUCUGUCUUCCCCACUCCCUUCUGUCUUCCCCACUCCCUUCUGUCUUCCCCACUCCCUUCUGUCUUCCCCACUCCCUUCUGUCUUCCCCACUCCCUUCUGUCUUCCCCACUCCCUUCUGUCUUCCCCACUCCCUUCUGUCUUCCCCACUCCCUUCUGUCUUCCCCACUCCCUUCUGUCUUCCCCACUCCCUUCUGUCUUCCCCACUCCCUUCUGUCUUCCCCACUCCCUUCUGUCUUCCCCACUCCCUUCUGUCUUCCCCACUCCCUUCUGUCUUCCCCACUCCCUUCUGUCUUCCCCACUCCCUUCUGUCUUCCCCACUCCCUUCUGUCUUCCCCACUCCCUUCUGUCUUCCCCACUCCCUUCUGUCUUCCCCACUCCCUUCUGUCUUCCCCACUCCCUUCUGUCUUCCCCACUCCCUUCUGUCUUCCCCACUCCCUUCUGUCUUCCCCACUCCCUUCUGUCUUCCCCACUCCCUUCUGUCUUCCCCACUCCCUUCUGUCUUCCCCACUCCCUUCUGUCUUCCCCACUCCCUUCUGUCUUCCCCACUCCCUUCUGUCUUCCCCACUCCCUUCUGUCUUCCCCACUCCCUUCUGUCUUCCCCACUCCCUUCUGUCUUCCCCACUCCCUUCUGUCUUCCCCACUCCCUUCUGUCUUCCCCACUCCCUUCUGUCUUCCCCACUCCCUUCUGUCUUCCCCACUCCCUUCUGUCUUCCCCACUCCCUUCUGUCUUCCCCACUCCCUUCUGUCUUCCCCACUCCCUUCUGUCUUCCCCACUCCCUUCUGUCUUCCCCACUCCCUUCUGUCUUCCCCACUCCCUUCUGUCUUCCCCACUCCCUUCUGUCUUCCCCACUCCCUUCUGUCUUCCCCACUCCCUUCUGUCUUCCCCACUCCCUUCUGUCUUCCCCACUCCCUUCUGUCUUCCCCACUCCCUUCUGUCUUCCCCACUCCCUUCUGUCUUCCCCACUCCCUUCUGUCUUCCCCACUCCCUUCUGUCUUCCCCACUCCCUUCUGUCUUCCCCACUCCCUUCUGUCUUCCCCACUCCCUUCUGUCUUCCCCACUCCCUUCUGUCUUCCCCACUCCCUUCUGUCUUCCCCACUCCCUUCUGUCUUCCCCACUCCCUUCUGUCUUCCCCACUCCCUUCUGUCUUCCCCACUCCCUUCUGUCUUCCCCACUCCCUUCUGUCUUCCCCACUCCCUUCUGUCUUCCCCACUCCCUUCUGUCUUCCCCACUCCCUUCUGUCUUCCCCACUCCCUUCUGUCUUCCCCACUCCCUUCUGUCUUCCCCACUCCCUUCUGUCUUCCCCACUCCCUUCUGUCUUCCCCACUCCCUUCUGUCUUCCCCACUCCCUUCUGUCUUCCCCACUCCCUUCUGUCUUCCCCACUCCCUUCUGUCUUCCCCACUCCCUUCUGUCUUCCCCACUCCCUUCUGUCUUCCCCACUCCCUUCUGUCUUCCCCACUCCCUUCUGUCUUCCCCACUCCCUUCUGUCUUCCCCACUCCCUUCUGUCUUCCCCACUCCCUUCUGUCUUCCCCACUCCCUUCUGUCUUCCCCACUCCCUUCUGUCUUCCCCACUCCCUUCUGUCUUCCCCACUCCCUUCUGUCUUCCCCACUCCCUUCUGUCUUCCCCACUCCCUUCUGUCUUCCCCACUCCCUUCUGUCUUCCCCACUCCCUUCUGUCUUCCCCACUCCCUUCUGUCUUCCCCACUCCCUUCUGUCUUCCCCACUCCCUUCUGUCUUCCCCACUCCCUUCUGUCUUCCCCACUCCCUUCUGUCUUCCCCACUCCCUUCUGUCUUCCCCACUCCCUUCUGUCUUCCCCACUCCCUUCUGUCUUCCCCACUCCCUUCUGUCUUCCCCACUCCCUUCUGUCUUCCCCACUCCCUUCUGUCUUCCCCACUCCCUUCUGUCUUCCCCACUCCCUUCUGUCUUCCCCACUCCCUUCUGUCUUCCCCACUCCCUUCUGUCUUCCCCACUCCCUUCUGUCUUCCCCACUCCCUUCUGUCUUCCCCACUCCCUUCUGUCUUCCCCACUCCCUUCUGUCUUCCCCACUCCCUUCUGUCUUCCCCACUCCCUUCUGUCUUCCCCACUCCCUUCUGUCUUCCCCACUCCCUUCUGUCUUCCCCACUCCCUUCUGUCUUCCCCACUCCCUUCUGUCUUCCCCACUCCCUUCUGUCUUCCCCACUCCCUUCUGUCUUCCCCACUCCCUUCUGUCUUCCCCACUCCCUUCUGUCUUCCCCACUCCCUUCUGUCUUCCCCACUCCCUUCUGUCUUCCCCACUCCCUUCUGUCUUCCCCACUCCCUUCUGUCUUCCCCACUCCCUUCUGUCUUCCCCACUCCCUUCUGUCUUCCCCACUCCCUUCUGUCUUCCCCACUCCCUUCUGUCUUCCCCACUCCCUUCUGUCUUCCCCACUCCCUUCUGUCUUCCCCACUCCCUUCUGUCUUCCCCACUCCCUUCUGUCUUCCCCACUCCCUUCUGUCUUCCCCACUCCCUUCUGUCUUCCCCACUCCCUUCUGUCUUCCCCACUCCCUUCUGUCUUCCCCACUCCCUUCUGUCUUCCCCACUCCCUUCUGUCUUCCCCACUCCCUUCUGUCUUCCCCACUCCCUUCUGUCUUCCCCACUCCCUUCUGUCUUCCCCACUCCCUUCUGUCUUCCCCACUCCCUUCUGUCUUCCCCACUCCCUUCUGUCUUCCCCACUCCCUUCUGUCUUCCCCACUCCCUUCUGUCUUCCCCACUCCCUUCUGUCUUCCCCACUCCCUUCUGUCUUCCCCACUCCCUUCUGUCUUCCCCACUCCCUUCUGUCUUCCCCACUCCCUUCUGUCUUCCCCACUCCCUUCUGUCUUCCCCACUCCCUUCUGUCUUCCCCACUCCCUUCUGUCUUCCCCACUCCCUUCUGUCUUCCCCACUCCCUUCUGUCUUCCCCACUCCCUUCUGUCUUCCCCACUCCCUUCUGUCUUCCCCACUCCCUUCUGUCUUCCCCACUCCCUUCUGUCUUCCCCACUCCCUUCUGUCUUCCCCACUCCCUUCUGUCUUCCCCACUCCCUUCUGUCUUCCCCACUCCCUUCUGUCUUCCCCACUCCCUUCUGUCUUCCCCACUCCCUUCUGUCUUCCCCACUCCCUUCUGUCUUCCCCACUCCCUUCUGUCUUCCCCACUCCCUUCUGUCUUCCCCACUCCCUUCUGUCUUCCCCACUCCCUUCUGUCUUCCCCACUCCCUUCUGUCUUCCCCACUCCCUUCUGUCUUCCCCACUCCCUUCUGUCUUCCCCACUCCCUUCUGUCUUCCCCACUCCCUUCUGUCUUCCCCACUCCUCUCUGUCUUCCCCCUCCUUCUCUCUGUCUUCCCCACUCCCUUCUGUCUUCCCCACUCCCUUCUGUCUUCCCCACUCCCUUCUGUCUUCCCCACUCCCUUCUGUCUUCCCCACUCCCUUCUGUCUUCCCCACUCCCUUCUGUCUUCCCCACUCCCUUCUGUCUUCCCCACUCCCUUCUGUCUUCCCCACUCCCUUCUGUCUUCCCCACUCCCUUCUGUCUUCCCCACUCCCUUCUGUCUUCCCCACUCCCUUCUGUCUUCCCCACUCCCUUCUGUCUUCCCCACUCCCUUCUGUCUUCCCACUCCUUCUGUCUUCCCCACUCCCUUCUGUCUUCCCCACUCCCUUCUGUCUUCCCCACUCCCUUCUGUCUUCCCCACUCCCUUCUGUCUUCCCCACUCCCUUCUGUCUUCCCCACUCCCUUCUGUCUUCCCCACUCCCUUCUGUCUUCCCCACUCCCUUCUGUCUUCCCCACUCCCUUCUGUCUUCCCCACUCCCUUCUGUCUUCCCCACUCCCUUCUGUCUUCCCCACUCCCUUCUGUCUUCCCCACUCCCUUCUGUCUUCCCCACUCCCUUCUGUCUUCCCCACUCCCUUCUGUCUUCCCCACUCCCUUCUGUCUUCCCCACUCCCUUCUGUCUUCCCCACUCCCUUCUGUCUUCCCCACUCCCUUCUGUCUUCCCCACCCCCCUCUCUGUCUUCCCACUCCCUCUGUCUUUCCCCACUCCCUUCUGUCUUCCCCACUCCCUUCUGUCUUCCCCACUCCCUUCUGUCUUCCCCACUCCCUUCUGUCUUCCCCACUCCCUUCUGUCUUCCCCACUCCCUUCUGUCUUCCCCACUCCCUUCUGUCUUCCCCACUCCCUUCUGUCUUCCCCACUCCCUUCUGUCUUCCCCACUCCCUUCUGUCUUCCCCACUCCCUUCUGUCUUCCCCACUCCCUUCUGUCUUCCCCACUCCCUUCUGUCUUCCCCACUCCCUUCUGUCUUCCCCACUCCCUUCUGUCUUCCCCACUCCCUUCUGUCUUCCCCACUCCCUUCUGUCUUCCCCACUCCCUUCUGUCUUCCCCACUCCCUUCUGUCUUCCCCACUCCCUUCUGUCUUCCCCACUCCCUUCUGUCUUCCCCACUCCCUUCUGUCUUCCCCACUCCCUUCUGUCUUCCCCACUCCCUUCUGUCUUCCCCACUCCCUUCUGUCUUCCCCACUCCCCUCUCUGUUCCCCACUCCCUUCUGUCUUCCCCACUCCCUUCUGUCUUCCCCACUCCCUUCUGUCUUCCCACUCCCCUCUCUGUCUUCCCCACUCCCUUCUGUCUUCCCCACUCCCUUCUGUCUUCCCCACUCCCUUCUGUCUUCCCCACUCCCUUCUGUCUUCCCCACUCCCUUCUGUCUUCCCCACUCCCUUCUCUGUCUUCCCCCUCCUUCUGUCUUCCCCACUCCCUUCUGUCUUCCCCACUCCCUUCUGUCUUCCCCACUCCCUUCUGUCUUCCCCACUCCCUUCUGUCUUCCCCACUCCCUUCUGUCUUCCCCACUCCCUUCUGUCUUCCCCACUCCCUUCUGUCUUCCCCACUCCCUUCUGUCUUCCCCACUCCCUUCUGUCUUCCCCACUCCCUUCUGUCUUCCCCACUCCCUUCUGUCUUCCCCACUCCCUUCUGUCUUCCCCACUCCCUUCUGUCUUCCCCACUCCCUCUGUCUCCCCACUCCCUUCUGUCUUCCCCACUCCCUUCUGUCUUCCCCACUCCCUUCUGUCUUCCCCACUCCCUUCUGUCUUCCCCACUCCCUUCUGUCUUCCCCACUCCCUUCUGUCUUCCCCACUCCCUUCUGUCUUCCCCACUCCCUUCUGUCUUCCCCACUCCCUUCUGUCUUCCCCACUCCCUUCUGUCUUCCCCACUCCCUUCUGUCUUCCCCACUCCCUUCUGUCUUCCCCACUCCCUUCUGUCUUCCCCACUCCCUUCUGUCUUCCCCACUCCCUUCUGUCUUUCCCCACUCCCCUCUCUGUCUUCCCCACUCCCUUCUGUCUUCCCCACUCUCCCCUCUCUGUCUUCCCCACUCCCUUCUGUCUUCCCCACUCCCUUCUGUCUUCCCCACUCCCUUCUGUCUUUCCCACUCCCCUUCUGUCUUCCCCACUCCCUUCUGUCUUCCCCACUCCUUCUCUGUCUUCCCCACUCCCUUCUGUCUUCCCCACUCCCUUCUGUCUUCCCCACUCCCUUCUGUCUUCCCCACUCCCUUCUGUCUUCCCCACUCCCUUCUGUCUUCCCCACUCCCUUCUGUCUUCCCCACUCCCUUCUGUCUUCCCCACUCCCUUCUGUCUUCCCCACUCCCUUCUGUCUUCCCCACUCCCUUCUGUCUUCCCCACUCCCUUCUGUCUUCCCCACUCCCUUCUGUCUUCCCCACUCCCUUCUGUCUUCCCCACUCCCUUCUGUCUUCCCCACUCCCUUCUGUCUUCCCCACUCCCUUCUGUCUUCCCCACUCCCUUCUGUCUUCCCCACUCCCUUCUGUCUUCCCCACUCCCUUCUGUCUUCCCCACUCCCUUCUGUCUUCCCCACUCCCUUCUGUCUUCCCCACUCCCUUCUGUCUUCCCCACUCCCUUCUGUCUUCCCCACUCCCUUCUGUCUUCCCCACUCCCUUCUGUCUUCCCCACUCCCUUCUGUCUUCCCCACUCCCUUCUGUCUUCCCCACUCCCUUCUGUCUUCCCCACUCCCUUCUGUCUUCCCCACUCCCUUCUGUCUUCCCCACUCCCUUCUGUCUUCCCCACUCCCUUCUGUCUUCCCCACUCCCUUCUGUCUUCCCCACUCCCUUCUGUCUUCCCCCUCCCCACUCCCUUCUGUCUUCCCCACUCCCUUCUGUCUUCCCCACUCCCUUCUGUCUUCCCCACUCCCUUCUGUCUUCCCCACUCCCUUCUGUCUUCCCCACUCCCUUCUGUCUUCCCCACUCCCUUCUGUCUUCCCCACUCCCUUCUGUCUUCCCCACUCCCUUCUGUCUUCCCCACUCCCUUCUGUCUUCCCCACUCCCUUCUGUCUUCCCCACUCCCUUCUGUCUUCCCCACUCCCUUCU